CACCAACCCAAGACUGCCAAUCUUACUCUUUUGCCUCUUUUUUCUUGCUUCAAAUCAGUCGCUCUUUUCCGUUAUCAGCAUUUGGCAACCGGCGUAGUCCACACAGACACACCCUCCACCCAUAUAGUCAAGGCGGAGAAGCUGUGGAGGAUGUCAGGAUUCAUAACCACAAUCAAUCCGCGCACGCGAGCACCUUUCAAACCACAGAAGGCCAAUCGAGGGACCAGCAGCUGGCAACUUAAGCAAUAUGCGGAGGCGACACUGGGGAGUGGAAGUUUGAGGAAGGCGGUGAAGUUACCAGAGGGAGAGGAUAAGGACGAGUGGCUGGCGGUCAACAUCGUCGACUUCUACAAUCAAAUAAACCUCCUCUACGGCUCCAUCACCGAAUUCUGCUCUCCGCAGAGCUGUCCCGAGAUGAAGGCAACAGACGAGUUUGAAUACCUCUGGCAAGACACUGAGAACUUUAAGAAACCCACCAAAAUGCCUGCACCAGAAUACAUCGAGCACCUGAUGGCCUGGGUACAGAGCAACAUAGACAACGAGCAGAUGUUCCCAAGCAGGAUCGGCGUCCCAUUCCCCAAGACCUUUCCCGCUCUGCUUCGCAAUAUGUUUAAGCGCCUCUAUCGUGUUUACGCCCACAUCUACUGCCACCACUACCCCGUCGUUAUUGAGCUGGGCCUCGAGCCGCAUCUGAAUACGAGCUUCAAGCACUAUGUUCUGUUCAUUGAUGAGCAUGGGCUGGCGAGCGGAAGCAAGGAUUUCUGGGGCCCGCUGGGUGAUCUGGUGGAGAGUAUGCUGAGGAGUGAUUGAGGUCGCUUGGGAUGAAUCAUGGAUUUUGAUCAUCGAACAGUCAUCCCUGGGUCGUGAGAGUAUAUUGAGUGAACUCUAAGGACUAAAGCGCAUAUCCCAUGCUUCCUCCGGCGUUAGGUUGAGAUGGGGCUUGAACUGGAGCAUGGGUUAGAUGUGCAGAUGGAUAUUCGGAGGAGUCCUGGAGCACUCUUCUACUUAUGUAAUAAUGACGGAAAGUCUAAGUUGCCGCGUUU